GUCUGUCAAUGUUGAACAGAGCAUGUCCUCUUUCUCUCCUCGACCUAUCAAGAAAGAGAGAGCCAUUUUUGAAGAUAUUUACAGAAUUAUAGAGAGAGAGAAAACAAAAGAAAUAAAAAUAUAAAAAAGAGCUGAGACUUUUAGAGAGAAAAAGUAAAGAGCUUGAUCAUAAUCUCUGUGUUCUACUGUUUCUUAAUUAGAGAUUAAGAAAGUAAUUAAGAGCUUAUAAUGAGAGAGGUGAUCAGCAUACACAUUGGUCAAGCUGGAAUUCAAGUGGGUAAUUCUUGUUGGGAGCUUUUUUGCCUCGAACAUGGAAUUCAGCAAGAUGGCAUGAUGCCCAGUGACACAUCAAUAGGAGCUGAACAUGAUUCGUUUAAUACCUUCUUCAGCGAGACUGGUUCUGGCAAGCAUGUACCUAGAGCUGUGUUCAUUGAUUUGGAACCAACUGUGAUUGAUGAAAUCCGAACAGGUCCAUAUAGACAACUUUUCCAUCCAGAGCAGCUUCUUACUGGAAAAGAAGAUGCUGCCAACAACUUUGCUCGCGGACAUUAUACAGUGGGAAAGGAUAUGAUUGAUUUGUGCCUUGACCGGGUGAGGAAAUUGGCCGACAGUUGCACUGGGUUGCAGGGUUUCUUGGUUUUCAAUGCUGUUGGUGGUGGAACUGGUUCUGGUUUUGGGUCAUUGCUUCUAGAACGCUUGUCCGUAGAAUAUGGAAAAAAGUCGAAACUAGGUUUCACAAUCUUCCCUUCUCCACAGGUAUCAACAGCAGUUGUUGAGCCUUACAACAGUGUCCUCUCCACUCAUUCUCUCUUGGAGCAUGCUGAUGUCUCUGUGCUUCUAGACAAUGAAGCGAUAUAUGAUAUAUGCAAGAGAUCCUUAAACAUUGAGAGGCCUACAUAUACCAACUUGAACCGCUUGAUAUCUCAAGUAGUAUCUUCAUUAACAACUUCGUUGAGGUUUGAUGGAGCCAUCAAUGUGGAUAUUACAGAGUUCCAAACUAACCUUGUACCAUACCCUCGUAUUCACUUCAUGUUGUCAUCCUAUGCCCCUGUUAUCUCUGCUGAAAAGGCUUAUCACGAGCAGCUUUCAGUACCUGAGAUAACAACUGCUGUUUUUGAGCCUUCAAGUAUGAUGGCUAAGUGUGAUCCGAGGCAUGGAAAGUACAUGGCUUCUUGUUUGAUGUACCGUGGUGAUGUUGUUCCCAAAGAUGUCAAUGCAGCUGUGGGCACCAUCAAGACCAAAAGAACUGUUCAAUUUGUUGACUGGUGCCCUACUGGUUUCAAGUGCGGAAUCAACUACCAACCCCCAACAGUAGUACCGGGUGGUGAUCUUGCCAAGGUGCAGCGUGCAGUCUGUAUGAUCAGUAACAAUACAGCAGUGGCUGAAGUUUUCUCCAGAAUUGACCACAAAUUUGACCUUAUGUAUGCCAAGAGAGCAUUUGUGCACUGGUAUGUUGGCGAAGGCAUGGAAGAAGGUGAGUUUUCAGAAGCUCGAGAAGACCUGGCCGCUCUUGAGAAAGACUACGAGGAAGUUGGUGCUGAGGGCCGUGAUGAUGAAGAUGAUGAUGAUGAUGAAUACUGAGAGUUAUCAAAUUACUGCUCUUUCUAUUUUCUUGUAUCCUAUUUCCCAAUUUUCCAGCAUGUAUUAUUGUAAUUUUUCUCCGGUGAAUAUUUUGUUUUUGUGAGUCCAGAUUUCAUGUGAGAAUUGAAUUGAUUAUUUGAAAUGGCAUCUCCUACAGGCGUUGUGCUUUUUAAGGGAUGUGCCCUUACCAAGUACACUAGAAUUUUCUUCA